CACAGCUCGCCGCCAACCCUCUGCUUUUGUUCUGUUUCCCUGUUUCCACGUAACUGAACUGAGUCAUGGCGAUUUCGCUCAAAGGAGAAUUUCUCCGCCGCAGCUCCGUCGCUGGGACAAGGUUCAUGUCAACUUCGUGGUUUCGGAGUAUCGAGCCCGCUCCCAAGGAUCCAAUCCUCGGAGUAACUGAAGCUUUCCUCGCCGAUCAGAGUCCAAACAAAGUCAACGUCGGAGUGGGUGCGUAUCGCGACGACGACGGAAAGGCUGUGGUUUUGGAGUGCGUUAGAGAAGCAGAGAGGAGAAUUGCAGGAAACCAAUUCAUGUGA